AUGAACACUGCAGCUCGCGCUCCUCCUGUGCAGCUCUGUGCAUUCCUCCUUUUAUUCUUCUCAUGCUGUGUGAAUUCCUCAGGAGGAAAGCGUGUGUUUAAAUGUCCUUCAGGCUGCACCUGCACCACGGAGACCAUCAUCUGUGUUGGAUCAUCCUUCAUCCCACGGACUGUCCCUGCUGACAUCAGCUCUCUGAGUAUUGUUAAUGGCACUUUCCCAGAAAUCAGAGAAGCUACAUUUGCCCUGAUGCCAUCACUGCACUUGCUACUCCUUAAUUCCAACUCCAUCUCCUGCAUAAAGGACGACGCCUUCUCCGGACUUCCUCACCUUGAGUAUCUAUUCAUCGAGGGGAACAAGAUCGAGGAGCUCAGCAAACAUGCCUUCAGAGGACUUCGAGACGUCACACAUCUAUCUUUAGCGAACAACAAUAUGAAAAGUUUACCCAAAGGCCUGUUCUCUGACCUGCACUCUCUCAUAGAGCUAGAUUUGAGAGGAAACCAGUUUCAGUGUGACUGUCAGUCCUUGUGGUUGAUGUUGUGGCUAAAGAAGACAAAUGCGACGGUUUUAGAUGUUUACUGCACAGAGCCGGAGGAGAUGAAGGGCAUCUUGCUGAAGGACUUCCCCGAGAAACAUGCCAAGUGUGUCUCCACUGAUUUCAUUCCUCAUCAGACCAUAAACACUCAGUCCAUGUCAGCGGAUAUUUUCUCCUAUAAAGAAGACGUGUAUGUUGCUCUGGCUGUGCCGAACUCGGACAGCUGUAUCAUCAUGGAGUGGGAUCACAUCGAAACCCACUUUAGGCGUUUUGAUAAUAUCACAGGACGGUCCGUGAUUGGCUGUAGGUCGGUGGUGAUUGACCAGCAGGCGUUUGUGAUCGUCGCUCAACUCUUCGACGGCUCACGCAUCUACAAAUUUGACCAGGAGCAGAACCAGUUCACCAAAUUCCAAAUGGUGGAAAUGCUUAACGUGUCCAAGCCGAACGACAUUGAGGUGUUCCAACUCGGGGACGACUGGUUCUUCCUGAUCGUGGACAGCUCCAAAGCAGGCAUGUCCACCCUGUUCAAGUGGAACACCACCGGCUUCUUCCCGUACCAGUUUCUGCACGAGUGGUUCCGUGACACAGACGCAGAGUUCGUUGACCUGGACGGGAAGACCGUGCUCAUCCUGACGAGCCGUUCUCAGGUCCCCGUCAUCUACCAGUGGAACAAGAGCACCCAGACGUUUGUUCUCUUUGAGGACAUACCAAAUAUGGAUGACAUGGUGAGCGUGAAGGCCUUCAGGAUCGACCGCAUCCUCUAUCUGGCUCUGGCCUGCUACAUCGGAGACUCAAAAGUCCUCAAGUGGACCGGGAAGCAGUUUGAGGAAGUUCAGGGCUUCCCAUCACGUGGUGCGAUGGUCCUCCAGCCGUUUAGCUUCAGAGAUCAGCACUAUCUGAUCCUGAGCAGCGAUUACUCCUUCUCUCAGAUCUUCAGGUGGGACAAGGAGAAGCAGAUCUUCAUCAAAUUCAGGGAGGUGUACGUUCAGUGGCCUCGUUCUUUCACUCCAUUAUCGAUAGGUCAGCGUGAUUUUCUCCUCGCCACCAGUUUUAAGGGAAAAACGAAGGUUUUUGAACACGUCUCAGUCAAUUACAGCUGA